UCUCUCCUCUCGUCAUAUACUGCCCACACGGCCCAAACUCGGAGGCGAAGCGCACCAUCGCCGGUCAGGUUCGCAAUCGCGAGGCAUGCAUUCGCUUCCCACGUAGUCCCUUUGCGUGCAAGCCGAUGCCCUUCUCCUCCGUUUCACUGGUCCUCUUUCAUCAUCUUCCCCUCGCCUGAGGAUUAACCCUUUGGAUUUGCUGAAGCAAGUGUAAGCAUGGCCAACAUCGUAUGUGCUGAUCAGCGGCACCACCUGUUGUGCGAGAAGAAAGCUCUGUCGGAUCUCGACCUGCCUCACAGAAAGCUCCUGCAGCGGCCGCGCCUCUCUGUCCUGCUCCCGGAGGUGGAGGACGACAGCGGCGACGGGGCGGUAGAUGAGGUGGUGGACGUGUACUCGAGCGACGAGUUCCGGAUGUACGAGUUCAAGGUGCGGCGGUGCAUGCGCGGACGGAGCCACGACUGGACUGACUGCCCCUUCGCGCAUCCGGGAGAGAAGGCCCGCCGCCGUGACCCCCGGCGAUACCACUACUCCGGCGCCGUCUGCCCCGAGUUCCGCCGAUCCGGAUCGUGCCCCCGGGGGGACGCCUGUGAGCUCGCCCACGGCGUCUUCGAGUGCUGGCUCCAUCCGGCGAGGUACCGCACCAUGCCGUGCAAGGAUGGGCGUCGGUGCCGCCGCAAGAUCUGCUUCUUCGCGCAUUUCCCGCGGCAGCUUCGUAUCCUCCCCUCCCACAAAGAUGACGAGACGAACUACUCACAAUCCUGCUAUGGUUUUUGCUCAGCCAAUGACAACUCAGCUGCCGCCUCUGGCUUCUCUCCCACAUCGACGCUGAUGAGUUUUUCUCCACCCAUCUCUCCCUCUGCCGGAGAAAUGCACUACGAUAGCAAGCAGAUGAAUUUUGGAUUAAUCAAUAGGUAUAUUGGUAAUAAUACGGGUCGUGUUAUAGAUUAUGACGUUGUGUGUGAAGAGUUGAUGAAUUCGUUGGACGCCAUGGAACUUUCGGCAUCACCAGCGACCAGUCCUGCCGCUGCCGCACCCACGGACGCCAGGGGUGAGUGGGCGGUGAAAGGCGGCAAUAGCAGCAGCAGUAUGUGUUGGCCAGAUCUGGAAUGGGUGAACGAGCUGCUGAUGUAGCCGGAUGAUAUAUAUAUAGUCUUGUUGAAUCUUUUAUUGUGAAGGUUUGAAAUUGUUGAGUGGGUUUUUUUUUUUUUUUUUUUUAUCUAUCAAUCUAUCUUUAUUGUUUAUAUUUGUAUUUCGUGAUAUGGAGUGUGGAGGUAGGCAGAGACUGUAGAAUCCCUUUAGUCUGAUAGCCUGUCCUUUUUGUGUUCCGAAAAGAAAGAAAUAAUGUAUAUAUUUGCUC